AACAGUUGGUGGCGGUAAUGCACCGUGUCGGUUUGCAAACCGCCAAAAAAUCCGACAGAAGAAGAAGGAUCAGUCGGAACACUAGGGGGCGGUAACGUACUUUUUGAAUGCAAUGAUUUGUUGCUCUUUUAAACAGAAGUACUUUUUAAAACUUGUUUUUAAGUGGUGGUUAUUCCGUCAUUACUGUAGUUGCAGUAUUUAAGUCACUACACUUAAAAUUUGUGUUAUUAUUAUAUUACGCGAGCCCUGCGAUAAGACCCCGCCCGCUGAAUAUCCACCAUCCGACGAGCUAGCUAACUAGCUAGUUAGCUUUAUGCUAUUGUUGACUUUUAGGUCCAAUUUUCUUGACCUCAGUAGAUUAAAUUGUGACUUUCUGAGUUCUUUGAGGGCGAGGGGACAAUCAUCAAGCCAACAUGUGCUCCGUUGUCGGGUGUGAAUCGUGGCGUAGCAGCGCACAGCGAUUUAAUUUACCUGAAAAUCCUGAGAAAAGAAUGGAGUGGAUGGAGUUCCUCGCUCACGUCAACGGGCAACAUUUUAAAGAAUCGUCCUGGACCGAUAUAACUAUUUGUAGUCAUCACUUCUCAGAUGACUGCUUUAACUUACGUCCUGGCCUCUUCAGUGUGGUUCAGCUGAAGCCUGAUGCUGUUCCAACACUUAAUUUGAAGCUAGAGGCAACUGUGCCAUUGGAGCCUCUGGAAACUGCAGAUGCUGCAUGUCAGUGCAACAGAAUAGAAACAAAUGACAGUUCAUCUUCUCCUAAAGAACAUGAAGAAGCAGCAGGUGUCCCAGCACUCGCUGAUGCGUCACAUGCUGCCACAUCUGGAUGUGACACCAGGAAGAAACCUCUGAAUGUUGAUUUGAGCCAAAGAAAAGCUCUACUGCUGCAAGUGAAAGGAAGACAUGUUGUGAGUGAAAACUGUCUGCUCCAAUUGUUCCCCCGCAAGUGCCCAUCGUGUCGCAGCGAACUUCAGCUGGAGAAAAUCACCAAUGGGGUUGUCAUCAUGUUGAAACAGCAGUGCCUUCAGUGUCAUUACAAGAUUCAGUGGAGAAGCCAGACGAAGGCUAACCUCCCAAACGAUGAAGAACGGACUCUGACAGACAAAGACUCGACUUCCAGUGACAAACAGGCAGUGCCUGAGGAUGACUGUAUCUGCAGUGAGCCAUUUGUCUGUGAGAAGAUUACUUUCAGUGACAACGAUAUUGAUCCUUCAGAUGAACCAGAGGAAGAAAGUGAGGAAGAUGACUUGAGUUCUGAUGAGGACUGGAGUCCGUCAGAAGAGGAUAUCUUGGCUGAAGAGCUUAAGACGGAAUGUGAAGGGGAAAGUGAUGUUGACGAUGUGGUAGAGGUGGAGGAAAAAGUGAAGCCUUCUCCAGCUUCCUCCAAACCCAAUCAGCUCUGCACAGAGUGUGGGAAGUUUUUUAAUAAGAAGCGUCACAUAUGCGAGCACAAAAUCAAGCCUCACAUCUGCAUUAUUUGUGGCAGGAGAUAUGCGAAUGAGAAUGCUCUGAAGAGCCACAGCAGAGUUCACAAUGAAGGCUACGAGCAUCGCUGCAAAUACUGCUACGCUGGCUUCAAAACAAAGGCGGACAAACUGGUGCACGAGCAGACCCACUCAUCCAGCAACAAGCCUUAUCAGUGCGCCGAGUGCUCAGAGACUUUCUCCAGCUACAGAAACCGCAGCUUCCACCUGCAGCAUAAUCACAGCGGCUUUAAAAGAUUUACAUGUAAGGUCUGUGGGCUUGACUUCAGAGACGUAGACCAUUUCCAGAGGCAUAUGGUUGUGCACACAGGAUUAAAGCCUUACAAGUGUAUUGUGUGCCAACGCGGCUUCAGCCAGUCAACGCACCUCAAAAGCCACAUGCGUGUGCACACAGGAGAGAAACCAUACAAAUGCAAGUUUUGUGACAUGUGCUUCAAUCACAAUGUUAGCCUGAAGACUCACGUUCAGCGUUGCCACACAGCCAGUUCUGGAAAUGAUCAGAAGGAAACGCACAACCAGAAUGGGUGUGAAGGUGAGGCAAAGGAAAGCAGUGGCACCUCACAGGUGGUGGAAAACAAGAAAAGCAAAGGUACCGAAAAAGAGGAGAAACAGAAAAGGAGGAGAAGCACAGGAAGACCCAAAGGAAGACCCAAGAGAAGUGCACCUUAUCUGACCGAAGAGAGAAAACGUCGGGGUCCAAACGCCCAGGCGGCAAAAAUAAAGGUGCGAUAUGUAAACAGAACAGUGUACAGCGAAGAUGAAAGUGAUGAGGAGGAUCAGCAGCAGAAUGACAGUAACACACCCUUUUACUCAGAUGAAGACGAGGAUGGAGAGUUCAACAAAAAGAUCAAACUAUCCUAAUGGUGUCCCAGAGGAAGGAAUGAA